AUGUUUAAAGGGCGCAACUCGAUUAUCCGCGUUUGUGAUGGUCUAAUUUCGAAUAAAUACACACAAAAAACCAUGUUAAAAGGGCGCAACUCGAUUAUCCGCGUUUGUGAUGGUCUAACUUCGAAUAAAUACAUACAAAAAACCAUGUUAGAAGGGCGCAACUCGAUUAUCCGCGUUUGCGUUGGUCUAGAUGAAUUGUCGGGUAUGUAUUGUUAUUGUAUGAAUUGUCGCGGGGAUUAA